UGAGUCAGAUGUGGGACGGGUUAAGAUUUUGUUCACUCACGCUGUGGAGUUUGUUCACUCGCCACCUUUGAAACGAGCACAGCUCCUCACGAAGACGUUCCAAGACAAACUUAAUCAAACAAAACUCUACGGAGACAGACGUUUUAGACACGCGGAGAGCAGAGGAGGAUGUGGAGGAAGUGAGGAUUGUUUCCGUGUUUUGAACAACUGACAUGAGCUCGGACUUGGAGGAGCAGGAAGACGAGCUGCUCGCUCUCCACAGUAUCUUUGACUCCGAGGAAUUUAUCCGGAAUGAGUCGAACAAUGCCGGAGAAUUACGAGUGUCGGCGGAGCUUCCGCCACAUUUCAGUGUGUCACUGACAGAAGGUGAAACAGUGAGACAAUAUGAAAUCUCAUUCCUUCCACAUCUGCUCCUGACCUUUACCUUCCCCGCAGACUACCCAUCUUCCUCUCCUCCCUCGUUCACCCUCACCUGCAGCUGGCUUACACCCACACAGCUCUCUGCACUGGGAUCUCAUCUCACUGAUCUCUACCAGGCCACAAGAGGCGCUGUGGUGCUCUUCUCCUGGGUGCAGUUUCUCAGAGAGGAUGUCCUCAGGUUCCUGGAUAUUCAUACUACUCUGGAGCUCCCCUCAGAUGACCACAGCUCUCAGGCCUCACAGAAUACUGCACUGUCACUAACAAAGAAUAAUCCUGGUGCUUCAGAAUCAGGAUCCACAGAUGAACAAAGCUGGAACAGCACAGAUGUGGAAGUCUCAGCCUCUGCCUCCUCAGGAAAGUUGGAUACACAAGGAGCUGCUGCUUCUAUGCCAGUCCAAGAAACCUUGACUGCUGGUCUCUCCCUGACUCCAUCACAAACCCUUCUGUCCCAGAUCCUGAUCCAUGAUGCUGAGCAGAGACAGAAGGCAUUUGCCUUCACAGUGUUUGACUGCAGUGUGUGCUGUGUGGGCUGGCUUGGGUCAGACUGUGUGCACUUGUCUGAGUGUGGACACAUCCUCUGCAAGGGUUGUCUCGCAGAGUUCUGUAGAAUCAGGAUAACAGAGGGGAACGUCCGCGGUGUCACCUGUCCUCAGGCAAACUGCACGGCCAGCCCCACACCUGCACAGGUGAAAGAUCUGGUGGGUGACGAGCUGUUCAGCCGUUACGAUCGUCUCCUGCUAAUGUCCACUCUGGACCGCAUGUCUGAUGUCACGUACUGUCCCCAGCGUGCCUGUGGUUCUCCCGUCAUCCUGGAGAAGUCCAGCACUGCAGCAAUGUGCUCUGUGUGCAAUUUUGCUUUCUGUGUCAUCUGCAAAAAGACAUACCAUGGAACCAACAACUGUGCGCCAAAGGCGAGUGUGGCAAAAAGACGGAUCCUCACAGACGAACAGCAAGGCGUUGUCGAUCUGCCACAGUCACGAGAGGGGAUGAAGGUUCUGAUGGACGACUACACUGGAGGCAGUAAGGAGAGGAAGCGCCUCCUGCUGAAUAGAUAUGGACGCAAGGCGAUGCAGGUCAUCCUGCCGGAGUAUCUGAGCGAAGACUGGGUCGUCAUCCACAGCAAGAACUGUCCGCACUGCUUCUGCAAAAUACAGAAGGACGGAGGAUGUAACAUGAUGACCUGCACCAGGUGUAGACGGCGUUUCUGCUGGCGCUGUCUCACCAGACUACCUGAAUUUGGUGCAGGUGGUCACUUUGAGGACGGUACCUGCUCGCUCCAUACAGGUUACAACUAAAACCAGUCAUUCACCUUCACCCUGCUUUGACCAACAGCCAUUUGUCAUAUUGAUUUAUGACCACCAGGUGGUGAUAAUAAACCACAGAGCAACUGUAAUUACUUAAGGGCAACUAUUCCCAAAUUCAGGUCCAAACCCAAACCUUGAACAACUAUAUAUUCAUAUAUAUAUAUAUAUAUAU